CGAAACUCUCCGGGCAAUUACGGUUACUUUCUGGGUGGUUUAGCGGGUGUAGGGGUUGGUAGUUGGGCGGUAAUUGGGGGCUGGGCGCAAGGACGAGGGCGGGCUUAAGGACACCGGUUUUAUAGAGUUGUCAAAUGGCCCCAGGAAUGGCCAGUCAAAACAUCAAAAUUCACUCGCAAUUGGCCAAGGGCAAUGCAAAAACAACAAGAACGUGCCACUAGGCUAACCGGGUAACCGGGAGGGGCAUUGUUUUGAAAGCGAAAGGCCAUAAUGCUUGCACGCCACAAUCCAGAGCCGCAGUCAAAGCCAAAGUUGAGUUUCAUUUUUGGGGUCGCGUCGUCCCCCUACCUCCCCUGCCACCCCUCGCCUUGCCUCGCCUCGCUUCAUCGAGCGAAACAUGCAAACACGCACGCCCAAGGAAGGCAAGGUGAGGUCCUUGUCAUUUAACUCACUUGUCGAGUUGACCUUUGUUCGCUUGGUUGUCGUGCUCCACUACACAGCUAAUGCCCAACUGCCACGCCUUGAGCUUGAUCCAUAGCAACUUGUACUUUGCUGUCCCCUCAAAAGCCCCCAGGCCGCUCGAAAAUGAGGGAAACCCUGAAGUACACCGCUCUCCCCAGCCCCACACUUGGCUCCAAAUACAAACUUGCCCCCCAGCGGAUGGCCAUGUGCAUGUUUGAUGAGCUUAUCAAGGCUCGGGGAUUAUUGAAUAUUUUCAAAUCGAUAUAGCCGUGCCACACCGUUAGUUGGCACCUUAAUUGCCAGCUGAAUAAAUCAUUGACAAUUGUGCAAUUAGUUUGAGAACCUCAACUGUCCGCUCAAGUCGAAGGAUUCUGCGGUCGAAAAUAAACUAUUUGCAUUGGCCCAAAAGUAGUCAAGCCAAGAAAUUGGAAGUUUUCCCACUGUCGGCUGGGGAAAUCAAUUACUCAAAUAUUUAUGCCCGCAUGUGGAAUUCAGGCAUGCUGAAAUGCACUUGUCUUAAACUCUGCCAGUGAACAAUUUGUAAUCGAAACUGCUGAGCGGAUUAAAUAACUUUCAGAUGUGUAAAUUGGAGGGCAUGGGUUAUGGCCUAUACUCGUAUUUGCAUUGCCGAAAACGUUACAGAACGCACUUAUUGUUCGUUAUUUGAAUUGAUUUCGUAGCCAGUUGGAGCAGAAACGGCACUAAUUAAACCAAAGCCACUCCAAAGCAAUUGUAAUGCAUUGAAAAAUGGAUAAUUAAUGAAUUUGCUUUAUUAUAAUGUAAUUUUCGCACAAACAAGCCAUUAUUGUGAAGCUCGGAUUUCGAUUUUUAAUUACUUAAAAUUAGAAAUGUUAUUCGUUGUUGCUUGUUUUCACAUAAAUAUUUAUGAAAUUUGCUUUGCAUAGAACCUAUGUUUGGUACUAUGACAAUCCACUAAAACUGUUCCACGAAAUUAAAAUGAUUAUUAAAUGGGUGAUUCAAAGCAUUUGCUACCAUAGCUCAUACAAAAUCAGCAAACGACAUGGAAGAGCGUAACAAUGUUAAUUGCGGAGAUUAUACUUGUCAAGUUACAUGUUUAUAAAAUAAAAAAGCAUUGCCUUGGGGUUUUUCUAUGUGCCUUGAGAUUGAUUUCCAAGUAACACUUAGAUAUUAUAUUAUUGUAUAUAUGUAUAUACAAAUAUAUUCAUUUUAAAAAGAUACUGUAAAGAAAUGCAUUAAAUAGGCAUAAGAUUACGGAAGUAACUGCUUGACAACCCAUUCAUAUUGACUUGACAUUCGCAUUCAAUGAAUCUGCAUAGAAUUCCCAAGCAAUUCCCCUGCCAAGCCAUAGAAUUAAAUGUAAUUACUGAGCCAACAUUCGGCCCCAAGUUGCCAAUGUAGAUGUCCCACUGCCGUGGCUGCACAAAUGCAUCCGACCGAGCCAAGAGUAACUACCAGAACGAAUGUGGCAACACUCAGGCAUUGAGGAGCAGGGUUCAAGUUUCUCUUUGGCCAGGAAAGAACCACAAAAGAUUACCGAGCGAUGAGCUGCAGCUCAUCAUCUUCACAUCCUUUCAAUGGGCGCCGCUAAGUCCUUGGGCACAUAUACAUAUGUGUGGUAUGCACAAAUAUGUGUGGAACGUUUCAUUUUUUAUACAUCUCUUAUUAUUAUUUUUUUUUUUUUGUUGCUUUCCCCUGCGCUCAACUUUUCUUCUCUUGUUUCGCUCUACCUUCUUUUGGUUUUGUGUUAAAUUGUUGCGUUAACCAAGCCAACCAGCUUCGGGGGCAAUCCUUGUAAAAAGUUUAGCAUAGCAGAAGGCGCACGCAGACAUGCUCGCAGCCAUUCACACAGAGCCACCAACACUGUCGCACGCCUGGCAUGCGUUUUUCACAUUGUUUCAUGCGGUUGAAUAAACACAGGCGCCCACACAGACGCACAUACCGUCAAAAGGCACGCACACAUACACACAAACACACAUGCACACACACACCCUUGCAUUUUAUGAUCUGCACAAAUAGGACCAAGAGAGAAAGAGAGCGACGAAGAGAGGGGGAGAGAGAGGCAGAGACACUUAUUCGCUCGCUUGCCUCGACAGGCUUACAAAACAAACAUUGCGGCAUGUUUUCUGUUUGCACACACUGCGUAUACGUACUAUGGUCCUUACAUUUCCUACCUGCGCUUUGCCAGUGCCCAGCAGCACCAACACACUGACACAGUCCCCUCCACACGAACACAUUGCAGUCACGUAUGCACAUUACUCAGUUCGGCCUGGACAGCAGUUGUGGCAGAGUCCUUAACCCUUGAUCAGCUGGCAGAUUUAGUUUCCAUCGUCGGAUCGUUAAAGUAAAUAUAGGUGCUAUGUUAAGGUACCACAUUAAUUUUAAUCACAAAAACUAAAUCCAAAGGUGUCCGUAAUUAGAUCUCAAGUAUUUGAAAUAUGAUUAUGUAGCAUACUUUUUAGGACAGUACUUCAAUAAUUUGACAUACAUAUAUUCCAAAUGUGGAAGAUCUUAAAUUUCAAAUUUGUAUACUACUAAUUUGUUUUACGAAAUAAGCAGAUUUGUAUUACCAAAGAGUAUUUAAAUUGAAAGCAAUAUAAAUAAUACCAAGUAAUGUAAAACGCAAUAUGGGCAAUAAUUAUAUUUAAUCGCUAGUACUUGUAAUCAGUAACAGUCGUCAUUUCCGUUUCAAUAUAUACAAUAAUAACUAGUUAUUUUAAGAUAUAGAAAUAUGAAUUGAAUUCGAUAAACAAGAAUAUUUAAUGAAUCAUACAAGGGCAGCCUUUCGUCACUGAAAAGAAACCUACUUAUAAAGCGUCGGAAAAGCGGUCCUAUAAAAAGCGAAAAACAUUAUAGAAAACUUCAGUACGACUUAAACUGCUGAUCAAAAUGCGUUUUUCCUUACUAGCUGCUUUGACUUUGGCUCUUGUGGGCUUAACCAGAGGAUCGGCGACUGAAGCAGACAAACAAAAAUUCUGCGGCUUCCUUAAAGGAGUGGAGACUAAGCGAAUCUUUUUGUCAAACUCUUUAGCACAAAAAGCUUUAGAUGUCGGUGAAAAAGUUUCGGAAAUGCUAGACCGCAGUUCAAGCUUUAGAGAGUUCAUAAAUGACAACCGUUUAUUAGUUUACGCAGAUCCCAUAAGCCAAAUCAGGUUUCUUUUGCGUUUCCGUUGCAACUACAAGAAAAUGAUCCUAUGCAAUAGGAAAUAUAACAGCAAUCCCGAAUACAGAAGUAUCUACAACGCUUACAAAUCGGAAAGCAAUGCAGUGAUUGCGGAAUUCGAUCGAAAAAUGGAGCGAGAUGCUAACCAGAUGCUGAGCCAAAUGCGAAGCUCAUCAGUCUCAACCAAAGAUGCAUUUGAUGACCAUAUCAGAUCUUAUUUAGAUCGUAAAGGAAUAGUUUCCCACUGCAUGAUGGAUCGCUUUUUGGAAAGAGCGAAGGCCGAGUACGAAUGUACUUACGAGAUGUACUAUCUUUAAUGUUAAAAUAAAUAUAUUUUUUGUUAAAUAACAUAAAAA